UUUAUUUUCUCCUUCUCGGGCUUCGACAUUCUUCUUUUAUUUACUUUCGGCUCAUUGUCCCCUCCCUAUAUUUCCCUCAGUCGUCCUUCUCUCAACUUGCGCCUUGUACAGCGAAAGCACCUCUGAGCAGACUGUUCUCAACGAGAGCCGAACGAGGCAUUGGCUCCUGUCUUGACCUUCUAAGGCUGCAAACUUAGGUUGCUUAGCAACACCACAGGGCGAUACCGGACGUAUAACCGUUAUCAGUCAUCCGGAGUUCUGGUGUUCACGCGAAUAUCCCACCUUCAAUACGAAGAAUCACCCAUUCAAGCCUCACGAGAUACUGAAUCGCUAGACGCCACGAAUACAAAUUCCACGAUUCAAAGUCGAGAUGGUUUACGUGCGACAGGAGAAGCUACCGAACUUGCGGGAAUACAAGUACUCGGCCGUCGACCACUCUUUGACGUCCAAAUACAUCCUCAAGCCAUUUUACACCAAUGUUGUCAUCAAGCUCUUCCCCAUGAGCAUGGCUCCCAACCUGAUCACGCUCACGGGUUUCAUGUUCGUUGUCGGCAACUUCCUCACUCUGCUAUGGUACAACCCUACCCUCGACCAGGAUUGCCCACCUUGGGUCUACUACAGUUGGGCCGCCGGUUUGUUCCUCUACCAGACUUUUGAUGCGGUUGAUGGCACCCAAGCUCGUCGUACUCGUCAGUCCGGACCUCUUGGCGAGCUCUUUGAUCAUGGCGUCGACGCCCUCAACACCUCGCUCGAAUGCCUUAUCUUCGCCGCCUCUCAAAACAUGGGCCAGAGUUGGUACACCGUCGCGACCGUCUUUGCCUCCCUUCUCACUUUCUACGUCCAAACCUGGGAUGAGUACCACACCAAGACGCUCACCCUCGGCAUCGUCAACGGACCCGUUGAGGGUAUCCUGAUCCUCGUGGGCGUUUACACCUUGACCGGUUACCUCGGCGGCGCCUCUUUUUGGCAACAGGGCAUGCUCUCCACCCUUGGCGUUCCCCAGACCCUCACUUUCGGCACCACCGCCUUGACUCUGCCCAGCUUUCUUUACAAUUUCUCCUUUACGGAAUGGUACAUGGUCCAGGGCACCGUAGUGCUCGUCUACAACACGGUCGAAUCCGCUCGCAACGUGAUACGCGCCCGCCGCGCCCGCGGCGACCGCUCGCGGUACGCCCUCGUCGGUCUCCUCCCCUUCUUUGCCACCUGGGCGCUCGUGGUCGCCUAUUUGUUCCUGCAGCCCAACAUUCUGCAUGGCCACCUGGUGCCCUUCGUGCUCUUCGCGGGCAUCGUCAACGCCUACAGCGUCGGGAAGAUGAUUACAGCCCAUCUCGUCAAGCUCGACUUCCCUUACUGGAACGUUAUGGUGAUCCCUCUCGGCCUGGGCGUCUUUGACUCCCUCGGCCCCGUCAUCCACAAGUAUGCACCCGACGGCCUCAAGAACCUCGGGUGGCCCUCAGCUCUUGGCGACGGCGUCUAUCAGGUUGCCUACAUGUUCUGCAUGCUUGGAAUGGCGGUCGGCGUGUACGGCAGCUUCGUGGUGGACGUCAUUGUUACCAUCUGCGAUUACUUGGACAUUUGGUGCUUGACUAUCAAAUACCCCUAUGUGGAGGGUCAAGAUGAUCCCAAGGUGUCUAAGCAGGUUGUGGGAAGCAAAGGCGAGCUCAAGGAGAAGAGGGGCUAAUAACUGUGCCGGUCUCUUCUUACUGUGAUUAGAGGUGACAGGAUGAAGAAUGGAAGCGGGCACAAGUUAAGAGGAGGACAAUUGAUGGACGGCAGGCAGUGCGGGGUCCCGAAGUGACAAGGACAUAGCCAACUCGCAAUGAGCGAGGGCGCGCGGAGAAGGUGAAUGGAAAAGGAGGACACAACCAGGGUAUGAAGGACAAUUGUGCCAACCCACUGAUCGGAGUACCGAUUUAUACGAAGCAAGUCCCUACCAUGACAUUCCGAACUCGAGGGAACAUGAUGGAAGUGUCUGCCCUCGUGCUUGGUACACCUAUCAAUGACGAAGACACGGGUAUAUACGAUACAUGAUGAUGAUUAUCUGCUUUCCUAUCUUUCAAUUUCUUUUAUUUUUUUUGACUUUCGGGACAAGGGUGGUUUUGGCCUAGGUGGUGGAGGGACGGUAGGAAAAGAGAGGGAUUCGCCACUUGGCUCAAGAGAACAAAGACUAGGCCAGGGGGAAAUGGGUGAACACUUACGUACGCAAACGAUAGAAACCACGUCGUGUAUUUCUAGCGUUGUUUAGCGCGGCGUUCCUCAGAAGCAUGUUUCUAGUUGAUAUCAACUACACACAGCGUAUGCGUAGAGAUACCAUGGGGCAGCAAGGCCUAUGAAGUCUGGUCAUGAUUUGGAAUGUUAGGGUCUGGGAGGCUCAAGAUCUCCUAGACAUUCACGGCAGAUAGAAAGAGAAAGGUAUCUUAGCCACAAACAGAUGUUAUAGACAGGCUAUGUAGUCUUGGCAUUUCCAUCUUGUAGUGUUUGUUCUUCAUCACCUAGG